AUGCAGUCCACCAGACAUCAGGGAAGCCGGUUGAAGCCCGUGGCUGAUCCUCUAGAGAGGGUCGGAUUUGUUUCCAAGGGAGACAAGACGCUCCUCGUCCACAAAGCUCAGCUAGACUACUUCGAUAAGGUCGUCGAGCGAUAUCUACGAUUUUGCUCGGAUCACCAAAAAGACUUCGAUACUGCACACGCAUCGCUCCCCGUGAGCUCCUCUAAUGAUGCAACCUCGAACCCACCCGCACCCCAGCCGGUCGCAAGAGCCGUCUCUAAUCCCGGCGAGAGACGAAUUCCCCCACCUUCGACAGAAUUGUCCAAGCUGCUUCUUUCCCUCCGGAAGCUGAGAGAGGGCAUUUUGGCCACACCAGAAUCAACUCCGCCCGAAUUUGCGCAGCGAGUCCACUAUUUCUCGAUACGCGUGUCUAUUCUUGCGCAACACCCGCCGUCAUAUUUCCCGUCAUUGGAGCACUGUCUGAGCAGGCUUCAUACAAAAUCUCAUCCCAUGACUGACUCGCAGGUGAAGGAACUUGUCUCAUACUUGAUUCUUGAUUAUGCGUGUCGACAGCAGGAUAUGGGUUCGGCCUUUGAAUUGCGGGCGCGGGCAAGGCGGGAAUACGCCUUUCAGUCGCAGGCCGUCGAUCGCGUCUUGACGGCAUUGAUACACGAUAAUUGGGUGGCGUUUUGGGAUGUGCGAAAAGGUGUGGACUCAUACACACGCGCGGUGAUGAAUUGGGCCGUGGACGGAAUGCGAAGGCACGCCUUGAAGGCUGUGGGUAGUGCCUACCUCAAUGUUCACGUGGACUGGAUCAUAGAUGGAUGUACUGGUGAGGAUAGAAAGUGGACGUGGGAAGAAUUGGCCCAGAAAGAGGAUCUCGGCUGGCAAAAGGACGGCGAUACGAUCAUUAUUAAAACUCCCAAGUCUCGGCCACCCCCAGCCAUUUCAGCGGAGAAGUGA